ACAACGCAUCAUCUCAAGGCACUUUACAGUUCAACCAGAUCCUCCAGUCAAAUUGAUUCACAGUUUUUUUUAUUUAAGGAAAACCAGUUUCUUUUACUCAUGAAUUUCUAAUAGAAGCACUUUUGUUAUUUUUCUAUAUAUAUUCGGUCUAGUUGGCGUUUGUUGUUAUUACAUUGACAUAAAUUUUUGCCAUCAAAAUAUCCAUAUUUGUUGAAUGUUACAAAGCUAAUAAGGUCUUGUCCUGGAUUCUAACAACACUAUUGGCUUGAAAUGUAGCCAUAUAAAGGGUUAAAGGUUUUCUUCAUUGGAUUAAUCUUUCUCUUUGUUUAAUGUACGUGAAUCAGUUUGAAGCUGGAAUAAUAAACCUUCCCAGGUCAAUGAUCAGACACUGCUCCACCUCUGAGGUUGCUACUGAUGAUUUUCUGCUUUUGCUUUACGCAAACCGCCGUAUGAAGGCUUCAAACGGCCAAAACUCUCAUUUCUCUAGAUGUUCUCAUAGAAAGGAUGAUCAGUGGGAUUAAUCAGCAGCAUCAAGGCUUUUUUCUUUUUAUUAUAUCAUCUGUGUUGAGUCUGUUUUUUUGUUUCUUCUUGACUUUGAGUUAAACUACUUAGGUUAAUAUAUUUUUUACCCUUGAAUCUUUAUCCAGUCUGCAGGCAUUUAUAAAGGUGGUUCAGGUUGAGGCUGCUCCUCACAGGGAGUGCCCACCUGAAUGAACAUGCUGCUAAUCUGUUUAUCUCUGCUCUGCAGCCUCAGUCUAAACGGGACGUUCUUCUAAUCCCUAUGAGAACAUCAGCUAAUACCGUUGCAUAACGUUUCAUCUUCACCAAGCUUUAAAAGCUCAGCAUUUUGGUAAUCAAACCUCCAUUUUCCCCCUAAACACCUGAGUUUUUAUCUGCAUGAUCAUCUGAUAUUUUCUGUUGAUUCACAUUAAAAACGUAAAACCUGUUUAUUUUCUGGCUCUGUUAAAAUGGAACGGGUCAGACUUAAAUUACAGCAGGAUUAGAGAUCAUGGACACCAACUUAACCUUUGUCCUUUCCUGGAGGAGAUGAAGAGGUGUGUCCUGCGUCUGUGUCCCCCUUCUCCCUCCUCACCUGUCCAUCGUUUACCGGUUCUCCUUCCAACGGUUCUCUGAUUAAAGGAAAAGUCUCAGAGGCGGCGGUGGCGCUGCUCUGACCUCAGCAUGUGAGAAAAGCUCGUUUUAUUUCCAGGGUCCGUGUGGACCAGCGGUUUGGAAAGGACUCCAUCCAUGUUCUGAAGAAGAGGAAUUUGGACAGCUGAGAUGCCUGGAAGCCAGUACCAGCUGACGCGCCCCAGACUCAGCCUCUACAGCCUGACGGAGAGCUCAGACGGCAGCCAUGAGGAGCAGGGGGGCGACGGCUCGACGCUCCUCACCCCCCUGCAGAAACUCACCGUGGCCAUGUGCAAAGACGAGAAGACCAUCAAGGAGCUGAUCAUCGGCCGCAGGGUGGGCUUCUACAAGGUCAGAGGGGAGAUCGGCUACGGGACCUUCUCCAGGGUCAAACUGGCUUUCCACGCCCUGACUAGAGAUAAAGUGGCUCUGAAGAUCCUGGACCGGACCAGGCUGGACGCCCAGGCCCAGCGGCUGCUCUCCAGGGAGAUCAGCAGCAUGGAGCUCCUGCAGCACCCCAACGUGAUCCGGCUGUACGAGGUGGUGGAGACGCCGAGUCGACUCUUCCUGGUGCUGGAGUACGCAGGAGGAGGAGAUCUCCACAACCGGAUCUGCAACGAGGGAAAACUGAGCGACAACGCCAGCAAAAUCACCUUCGCUCAGAUCCUCUCUGCCGUCAAAUACAUGCACAACAUGAACAUCAUCCACCGCGACCUGAAGGCGGAGAACGUUCUGUUCACCACCAACGGCUGCGUGAAGGUGGCCGACUUCGGGUUCAGCACCCGGGUGUCCGGUCGCAGCGUCGCUCUGGACACGUUCUGCGGCUCGCCCCCCUACGCCGCUCCGGAGCUCUUCAGGGACAAGUGCUACCUGGGGCCCCCAGUGGACGUGUGGGCCAUGGGGGUCCUGCUCUUCUUCAUGGUGACCGGCACCAUGCCGUUCAGGGCGGAGACUAUGGGCAAGCUGCGGCGCUGCAUCAUCGAAGCCAACUACACCAUCCCCCCCUGGGUGCCCGGCCCCUGCCAGAGGCUCAUCAGGGGCAUCCUGAAGCCGGCCCCCUCGGAGCGCUACGCCGUGGACCAAAUGCUGGGCUGCGACUGGCUGCUGCCGGUGGAGUUCCCCUGGACUCUGGUUCCCUUUGAGCCGCCGAGCCCCCUGCAGAGCCUGCUAGAGUCGGAGCGCGUGACCCUGGAGGAGGAGAAGGUGGAGGAGGAGGUGAGGAGCUCCUUGGAGGAGCUGGGCUUCACUGUGGAGCACCUCCAGAACAACCAGCUGACAGAGAGCCGCAGCCCCGUCACGGGAGUCUACCGCAUCCUGCUGCACCGAGCCCAGAGGAGGUGGGGCUGCGACUCGCUGCCGGUGGUGCGGGGGAUGGUGAGGGACCCCAAGAGGGAGGGGCUCCGGGCCUACAGGGGCCUCCGUCACACCUCCAAGUUCUGCGUGCUCUCGUAGCGCGCCGAUAACUGCGGGCACUUUAACCUUCCAGCGUCGAUCCGCUGAUGGAAACUUUUCUGUGGUGAUUUAUGUGGAAGUGCCUGAAAAAAGAACAAUAAAACGAAAGUGGAGCUUAAAA